CUUCAGCCUGGUGGUGCUACCAAACCCCUAGGGCAGGUUAAGCAGAAUUGGGACUGGUGGGCGAGGCAGAGGCACCCAGGGCAUGUCCCACUGACCCUGCUCCCUUCCCAGGAUGAUCCCGAUGGGGAAGAAAUCGAGCGGGAGAAGUCCAACUCCCUAAAGCUGGAGUUCACCGACGACGCCAACUUCAAGACCAAGGUUAACUACUCAUAUGCUGCCGUGCAGAUCCCCACUGACAUCUACAAAGGCUCCACCGUGAUCCUCAACGAGCUGAACUGGACGCAGGCACUGGAGGACGUUUUCAUUGAGAACCGCAAGGAAGACCCCUCCCUACUCUGGCAGGUCUUUGGCAGCGCCACCGGCGUCACCCGCUACUACCCUGCCACCCCAUGGAGAGCACCCAAUAAGAUCGACCUGUACGACGUGCGCAGACGGCCCUGGUACAUCCAGGGUGCUUCAUCCCCAAAGGACAUGGUCAUCAUCGUGGAUGUGAGCGGCAGUGUGAGCGGCCUCACCCUCAAGCUGAUGAAGACCUCAGUCCACGAGAUGCUGGACACGCUCUCGGAUGAUGACUACGUCAACGUGGCCUCGUUCAACGAAAAGGCAAAGCCGGUGUCAUGCUUCAAGCAUCUGGUGCAGGCCAACAUCCGCAACAAGAAGGUCUUCAAGGAGGAUGUGCAGGGCAUGGUGGCCAAGGGCACAACUGACUACAAGGCUGGCUUCGAAUAUGCCUUUGACCAGCUGCAGAAUUCUAACAUCACGCGUGCUAACUGCAACAAGAUGAUCAUGAUGUUCACGGAUGGCGGUGAGGACCGGGUGCAGGAUGUCUUUGAGAAGUACAACUGGCCCAAUAAGACGGUGCGUGUCUUUACCUUCUCUGUGGGGCAGCACAACUAUGACGUGACCCCGCUGCAGUGGAUGGCGUGUGCCAACAAAGGUUACUACUUCGAAAUCCCCUCUAUUGGUGCCAUCCGCAUCAACACACAGGAGUACCUGGAUGUGCUGGGCAGGCCCAUGGUGCUGGCUGGGAACCGUGCCAAGCAGGUGCAGUGGACCAACGUCUACCAGGAUGCUUUGGGACUGGGGCUGGUGGUGACGGGCACACUGCCUGUGUUCAACCUGACAGAGGACAACAGCGACAGGAAGAACCAGCUCAUCCUGGGCGUGAUGGGGAUCGAUGUGGCGCUGAACGACAUCAAGAAGCUGACACCACGAUACAAUCUGGGCGCCAAUGGCUACGUCUUCGCCAUUGAUUUGAAUGGCUACGUGCUGCUGCACCCCAACCUGCAGCCCCAGAUCAUCAAUUUCCGUGAGCCCGUGACACUGGACUUCCUGGAUGCCGAGCUGGAGGAUGAGAACAAGGAGGAGAUCCGGAGAAGCAUGAUUGAUGGGAACGAUGGGCAGAGGUUCAUCAAGACACUCAUCAAGUCGUUGGAUGAGCAAUACAUCGACGAGGUGUUCAGGACCUACACGUGGGCUCCCAUCAAAAGCACCAACUACAGCCUGGGACUGGUCCUGCCCCCCUACAGCACCUACUACAUCCAGGCCAACCUCAGUGACCAGAUCCUGCAAGUGAAGUAUUUUGAAUACCUGCUGCCCAACAGCUUUGAGUCGGAGGGACAUGUGUUCAUUGCUCCCAGAGAGUAUUGCAAAGACCUCGACUUGUCAGAUAACAACACCGAGUUCCUGGAGAACUUUAUUGCCCUCAUGGAAAAGGUGACCCCAGACUCCAAGCAGUGUGACAAUUUCCUCCUGCACAACCUAAUCCUGGACACAGGCAUCACGCAGCAGCUGGUGGAGCGCGUCUGGAAGGACCAGGACCUCAACACGUACAGUCUCCUGGCUGUUUUCGCAGCCACAGAUGGUGGCAUCACCCGUGUCUUCCCAAACAAAGCCGCAGAUGACUGGGAGGAGGAGCCGGAGCCCUUCAAUGCCAGCUUCUACCGCAGGAGCCUAGAUAACAAGGGCUACAUAUUCAAACCACCCUACAGGGAUGAUGGGUACCAGGGGCUGGAUCUGGAGAACAACACCAUUGGGAUCCUGGUGAGCACCGCCGUGGAGCUCAGCAUCGGGGGCAAGACGCUGAAGCCAGCAGUGGUCGGGGUGAAGCUGGACCUGGAGGCCUGGGCGGAGAAGUUCAAGGUUCUGGCAAGCAACCGGACAGACCGUGACCAGCUGGGCUCCCGCCGGUGUGACCCCUCGAGCAGCUGUGAGAUGGACUGUGAGGCCAACAACAAGGACCUCAUCUGCGUCCUCAUUGAUGACGGUGGCUUCCUGGUGCUCUCCAAUCAGGAGGAUCACUGGUACCAGGUGGGCAAGUUCUUCAGCGAGGUAGAUGCCAACCUGAUGUCUGCCCUCUACAACAACUCCUUCUAUGCCCGCAAAGAGUCCUACGACUUCCAGUCCGUCUGUGCCCCUGAGGCCCAGAGCAACACAGGCGCUGCACCACGUGGUGUCUUUGUGCCCACCGUGGCCGACCUGCUGAACCUGGCCUGGUGGACCUCGGCGGCAGCCUGGUCCCUCUUCCAGCAGUUCCUCUAUAGCCUUACCUACAGCAGCUGGUUCCAGACAGAGGACGUCAUGGCAGAAGGCAUGGAGGCGAGGGAGACGAGCUGCAUCAUGAAGCAGACGCAGUACUACUUCAGCACCGUCAACGCCACUUACAACGCCAUCAUCGACUGCGGGAACUGCUCCAGGCUGUUCCACGCGCAGAGGCUGGCCAACACCAACCUGCUCUUCGUGGUGGCUGACAAGCCCCUGUGCAGCCAAUGCGAGUCCGUCAAGCUGCUGCAGGCUGAGGUCAGGGCUCCCCCGAGAGACCCGAACCAGUGUGAGCUGGUGGACAGGCCCCGCUACCGGAAAGGCCCCCACAUCUGCUUUGACUACAAUGCAACAGAAGAUACCUCAGACUGCGGCCGAGGGGCAUCCUUCACCCCCUCCCUCGGGGUCCUGCUCUCCCUGCAGUUGCUGCUCCUCUACGCCAGCACCAGCCGGCACCCGCUGCCCCCGGCCGCCUGCCUUUAACCCACGCCCGCCGCCCUCCUGUUCUCUCAGCCUCCAUCUCCAUUCCCUUUCCAAGGCCCGGUGGGAUGGGAGCAACCUCCCCACAGCCCCAUGGCCUCGGGGCCGCGCUCCCCAUGGCCACAUCCAAAGAAGAGCUGGGGUGUGGGCAGGAGGCCCCCCAGCCGGGACGGCAUCCGGCCCCCCACGGGCACUUGGACUCCGAAAGCCCCCUCUGGCUGCCCCCCAUCACUGCAGCCCCCCCUCGCCUAUUUUUUUAGCCUCAAGAUUUUAAACCAGAUCUUUUUACAUCUAGUUCAGCCUGGAGAACGAUGGUGCGUGUUGUCAGUGACAAAGACACGUGGGAUAAAAGGGGAAAAAAUUACACACAAAAAAAAAGGGAAGAGGAGUUGGCCUGCCUGUCCUGCUCAGUGUGGUCACGGGGAUGCCGGCCCUCGGGCUGCAGGAGGACAGUGGUUGCAGUGUCCCUGCGGCACGGGGCUCAGUGCGGGGAGCCACGUGUCACCUUCACCGGGACCGGACCAAGCCCAUGGUCCCCACCCUCAGCUCAUCUGCUCUCAUUCAUGUGUCUUGGGCACAGAUAUUGGGGUGAAAAGGAGAAAAAAAAAAAACACAAAAAUUGUAUUUUUUUUCUUUUCUGUUCUGCAGAUCACUGUGAAACCUUUCCCAUCCGUCUGCCCCAGCUCUGCUUGGCCCCUCUGUUCCGCCCUGCAAAAGAAACCGCACACCAGCCAGCGGGACAGGGCAGGACAUGUGUCCCCAAAUGGGACACUCUGAGCGUCCCCAAAAGGGACAUGCCACGUGUCCUCAGAUGGGAUGCACUGUGUGUCCCCAAAGAGGACGUGUUUUGUGUCCCCAAACGGGAUGCACUGAGCAUCUCCAAAUGGGACGUGCUGUGUGUCCCCAAACAGGAAGAACUGAGUGUCCCCAUAUGGGAUGCACCGUGUGUCCUCAGAUGGGAUGCACCAUGUCCCCAGACGGGAAGCACAGUGUGUCCCCAGAGGGGACAUGCCACUUGUCCCCAGACGGGAUGUGCCAUAUGUCCCCAGACAGGACGUGCUGCCUGUCCCCAAACGGGACACACCUUGUGUCUCCUGACGGGACGUGCCACCUGUCCCCAGCCCUGUGUUCCCAGCAGGGCCGUGCCAAGUGCCAGGUGCUGUCAGCUCCUCGCUGGCUGUCCCCAGCCCCGGCCCCACCGGCGUUUGGGGGGACAGGAGUGGGCACAGGGCCAGCCGGAGGGGCUGGGGAGGCGCUGAUAAGCGCUGGGGUUAAUUAAUGGUCAUUCUGCUUGUAGCUUUCUCAGUCAGUGUGUGUUUGGUUACUGUCUCUGGGAACCGUGUUUGAACAGAUGGCUCUGUGUUACCAGGAGUGUGUGUACUGCUGUAGUCUAGUUAGGUGCUCCGCGAGAAACCGCCACUAUACAGAACUAUAAAUAUAUACAUAUCUAGUCUAUUUUAAGUUAAAACCAAGAGACGAAGGGACGGCGCAGCCCCGGCCCCCUGCCCCACCAGCGCCGUGUCCGCCCCUUCCCCACCCCGAAAGCUUCUCUCUGCUCAUUCAAAGGCUUUGGGUUUUUAAUUGGUUUAAUUUAAUUUAUUUUUAAUUUGUUCUUUUCUUUUUGUACAGAAGAGUUGGAAAACUUCAAAAACCAACAAAACGACAAUUUGUAAGAUAUUGUGCGUGUGACUCCUUGUAAAAUAUUUUCAAAUGGUUUAUUACAGAGACUCAGUUAUUAAAUAAUGUUCAUAUUUUCACUUCA